GGAGGCCUGGUUGCAAACACCUUACAUAGAAGAUGGCGUCCGAGGAAAAGAAAUCUGGUGAAGAAAGGUUGGUUAAAACGACAGAGACUAAAGACACGAAGAAACACCGGGGAAUUCCAGAGGCACUCUUUCUGGAAGAUGUCGACGAUUUCAUGAGAAAGAGUGGAAAUGAAACUGCAGAGUCUGUUCUUAAAGAUUUAGAUGAGCAACAUCAGAAGUAUAAAUUUAUGGAACUGAAUUUGUUGGCAAGAAAAAAAAGAUUACAAUCCCAAGUUCCAGAUUUGAAUUCAAGUUUAGAGAUGGUCAAAUUAUUAACAUCGAAAAAGGAUGGUUCCAAGCCCCUUCAGAGCAGAUUUUUGUUGUCGGAUCAGGUAUAUUGCACUGCAGAAGUUCCACCGACAGAAAAAGUAAUGUUGUGGCUUGGGGCAAAUGUUAUGUUGGAGUACAGCAUUGAGGAAGCUGGAGCUUUGCUGUCUAAAAACCUGAAUACUGCACAGAAAAACUUGAAGGAUAUUGAAGAUGACUUGGGGUUCCUGAGAGAUCAGUAUACCACAACUGAAGUCAACAUGGCUAGAGUGUACAACUGGGAAGUCAAGAAGAGACAAGCACAAAAAGUUCAGUCAGAAAAAUAGCCGCAUCCUACACAGUCCUUAAUUAUCUUUAUUUUCAUUAUCAUUAUUAUUAUAUAAUUAUUGUCCUUGUUAUUAUUGUCAUUUGUUAUGUUUGUGUAUUUAAUUUUACCUUUUUAAAAAUAAAUUUGAGGCCUACA